CUUGAAAAUAUGAACUAAGUAAGAUUUAGAUUAUAAAGAAAUGAUCCACCUUAAGUUGCAGCAGGAAAACUUAUAUUAUGGAAUUAUUCAGUAUAUCAAUCGACUACAAUUAUUUCCUCUCAUAUAUAAUAACUUUAUUGUGCUUAAUCAAAUAGAGUUAUAAAUCUAUCAAAAAAUGGGGUAUACAAUAGAACUAUGGUUAGCGUAGGAACUCUUUCAACAUAUAUCCACAAUUAGAAGUAUAAUUCAUAUAUCAACCUUCGAUUAGAUUAAAACAAAUAAAUGAGUCACUACAAGAAUCAACUCUGAUUGAACAAGAAGUAUUUGUACUUUAAACAAGUAUUGGAUUGCCAAAGAAAUGAAAUUUUUCAUAAGAGCGAUCAGAACUGUCAAACAGUUAUCACAGUUUUUAUGAUAAGUUCUUUGAUUAUAGGGUAUAUCUUCAACUCCAUUAGACUCUAAGUUCACAAUUAUUAUUAAAAUAUAGUCACUUUAUGCUAUUCAAAAGUUCAACAUCAACAAUCUGUAAAUAGCAAACAAAUUAGAUAUAAGCUUAGCAAACUUUUUUAUUUCAUUGAAAAGUUGUCAUCCCAACUGUAAAAUAAAUAUCAAAACGCAAAGAGAAAGGAUUUAGAAAUCACCUUGAAAUUAUAAAAUUCAGCUACAAAAGUUGGAAAUUUUGUUGGGCUAGAAUUGGCAUUCAGAACCGUAAUUAUCUUAAUUAAUGAUAUUAAACAAACCUGAUUUGUUGUCAAAACAUUUCGAGUCGAAUAUCUACAUAUUUAUUGGAAUUAUAAACAAAGCAC